GUGUAGAUUUAGACUUUAGAGGCGGUUGUGUUUCAUUGUUUUAGUAUUAGUUAAAUAAAAUUUUAUAAAUUAAUAGUAGUUAAAGGAAGUCGAAAAUGCCAACUCGCAAUAUACAAGAAUUCGAAUUAGACACUAAACCUCUAAAGAAAACGACAAAACAAAAGUUUUCAGAUUUCUUUUAUAAUGAAGAAUCGGGAGCAUUUAUGGGAAGAACUCCUGAAAGUUGGGGUAAACUUCUGCUAUUCUACUUUAUAUUCUACUCAGUCCUGGCGUCUCUGUUCUUCAUCUGCCUGGCGACGUUUCUCCAGCACUUCAUCAACCCUCGUGUUCCAAGGCUGCAGCAGGACUACAGUUUAAUCGGAUCAAGCCCAGGUCUAGGAUUCAGGCCUCUGCCCCCUGAUGUACGGAGUACGCUCAUCUGGUACAAAGGAACUGGUUAUGAGAGCUACAAGUAUUGGGAGGAUCAGCUUAUAGAAUUUUUGUCAGACUAUAAAAAGAAGGGUCAGACUGCCGGUACCGGUCAGAAUAUUUUCAACUGUGGCUUUAAGAAUCCACCUGGUCCCGGCCAGGUGUGCGAUGUGGACAUCCGCGGUUGGGAACCUUGUAUUGAGGAAAACCACUUCAACUACCACAAGUCCGCGCCUUGCAUCUUUUUGAAGCUUAACAAAAUAUACGGAUGGCGGCCGGAAUUUUAUAACGAGACUAGUUCUCUGCCAGAAGACAUGCCCGAAGACCUGCAAUCACAAAUCAGGAACAUCACCGACUACAAUCGUGAUUAUGCAAAUAUGGUGUGGGUAUCCUGCCAUGGGGAGACUCCAGCUGACAGGGAAAAUAUCGGUCCCAUAAGAUACAUACCGUACCCUGGUUUUCCUGGUUAUUUCUAUCCGUACAACAAUGCAGAAGGUUAUAUGAGUCCGUUAGUUGCUGUGCACCUUAUACGGCCUAAGACUGGCAUAGUAAUCAACAUUGAGUGUCGCGCAUGGGCGAGGAACAUCCAGUACAACAGAAAGGACCGCCUUGGGGUUGUUCACUUUGAGCUCAUGCUUGAGUAGACCUUCUUUGUCUUUGUUUUUCGGUCUUUCAAAAGACCAAAGCUUAAAAAGUCAAUUACAGUAUAAAUUUAAAGUAUAGUAUAUGGUUACUAUUGAAGUACCAGUGAUUUAAGUAUGGUCUACUGGAAUGACCAGAUAUGGUAAUAGAAUGUCUUUGUGCUUUGGUCUUUCCAGAAGACCAAAAUUUGUAUAUUCAAAUUCAAUACAAAUAUUUAAUACCUAUGG